AUGCUCUCCCGGGCCAAGCCGGCUGUGGGGGGUACCCCGCCGCCGGGAGACAAGCGGAGGAAGAAAGGGAAGAAGGUGCCGCAGCUGGAAGAGCUCCUGGCCCAGAGGGACUUCACCGGAGCGAUCGCCUUGUUGGAGUUUAAACGCCAUGUGGGUGAGCAGGAGGAGGACGCUGACCUUUGGAUUGGAUACUCUGCCUUCCACUUGGGUGACUACAAGAGAGCACUGGAGGAAUAUGAGGCCUUAACCAAACAACCAGGUUGCAAUCCAGAAGUUUGGGUGAAUCUUGCCUGUACGUACUUCUUUCUGGGAAUGUAUACGCAAGCUGAAGAAGCAGCCUUGAAAG